AUGAGUUCCGUCGCAGAUGCCAAUAAGGCAAUUGAUGAAGGAUUGUAUGCGGAUGGAAAGAAGAUCUUAGAAGACAUCCUGAGCAAAAAAGACGCCCCGGAGGAUGAAGCACUGCUCGCAGAGCAGGAGAAGGCCCUGCUUCGUCUAGGCCAGCUGCAUCGUGAUCAGAAGGAUGCAGAAGGUCUGGCUAAGACUGUAGUGGAUUCUCGGCAGUUUAUGGCAUCGAUUGCGAAGGCCAAAACGGCUAAGCUGGUGCGCAUCCUUAUUGACUAUUUCAACGAUAUUCCUGAUAGCCGAGAGCUUCAGAUUCGGGUCACCAAAGAAAACGCAGAGUGGGCCAAAAAAGAGAAGCGUAUCUUCCUUAAACAAAACCUGGAAACCAAGCUUAUUGCGCAGUACUACGAAGCGAAGGCAUACCGUGAGGCACUGCCGCUGAUUACCCAACUGCUCAAAGAGCUGAAGACGCUUGAUGAUAAGAUGAUCCUCACGGAGGUCCAUCUUCUUGAAUCAAAGGUGAAUCAUGCCAUUUCCAACUUCCCCAAGGCAAAGGCGGCACUCACUUCGGCCCGUACAGCUGCCAACUCGAUUUACUGCCCGCCUGCUAUGCAAGCACAGCUGGAUAUGCAGGGCGGUAUAUUGCAUGCGGAAGAUAAGGACUUCAACACAGCCGCUUCUUACUUCUUUGAAACACUAGAAGGCUUUGACUCACUCGACGACCCACGAACGCUGCCAGCCCUGAAGUAUAUGCUGCUGUGUCGAAUCAUGCUCAAUCAACCAGAGGAGGUGCAGUCGAUCUUGGAAGGCAAAGUGGCUAGCAAGUAUGCCGGACGCCGUGAAAUAGAGGUGAUGAAAGCCGUCGCUGAAGCACAGAAGCAUCGCUCGUUGGAAGAAUUUGAAAAGACCCUGCGUCAGUACAAAGAUGAACUGGCCAGUGACCCUAUCGUGCGCUCGCACUUGUCGGCCUUGUAUGAUUCUCUGCUCGAGCAGAAUCUUCUGCGUGUGAUUGAGCCUUACUCGCGUGUUGAGCUGGCUCAUAUUGCCAAGAUGGUACACCAACCUGUUCGUGAUGUGGAGCAAAAAUUGAGCCAAAUGAUUCUGGACAAAGCCUUCCAAGGUGUUUUAGACCAAGGCGCAGGUUGUCUCGUUGUAUUUGAUGAGACGGAAGAAGAUGAAACCUAUGAGAUGGCUCUGGGCACGUUGAAGCAAAUCUCGCACGUUGUCGACAAUCUAUACCAGCAGGCCAGCGAGCUCACAUAG